AUGUUAUAUCUAAUCCCGACAAUGCACUCGACUGACAGGCUGUUCACUGGAAGCAGGUGCUGCAUAGGGAGAUAUUCAAAUUGCCUUACAAUCUAUCUAUCUAUCUAUCUAUCUAUCUAUCUAUCUAUCUAUCUAUCUAUCUAUCUAAGGACAGAAUCUAUCUAUCUAUCUAUCUAUCUAUCUAUCUAUCUAUCUAUCUAUCUAUCUAUCUAUCUAUCUAAGAACAGAAUCAAACAGAAUCUAUCUAUCUAUCUAAGAACAGAAUCGAUCUAUCUAAGAACAGAAUCAAUCAAUCUAUCUAAGAACAGAAUCUAUCUAUCUAUCUAUCUAUCUAUCUAUCUAUCUAUCUAUCUAUCUAUCUAUCUAAGAACAGAAUCAAUCUAUCUAAGAACAGAAUCAAUCAAUCUAUCUAAGAAUAGAAUCUAUCUAUCUAUCUAUCUAUCAAUCUAUCUAUCUAUCUCAGAACCAAAUUUAUUUAAGAAUAAAAUUUAUAUAAGAACAUAA